GGGCUGGUGGAAGCGCCGCCACCAUUAUCCGUCCCCGCUCCGAAAGUCGCUUCCCCGCCUCCCAGCCGGAGCCCGAGCGGCGGCGGGGCGGGCGGCGGGCGCGGAGAGCCUGAGGAAGUGCGGGGUAAAAAAGAAAGAGAAAACAGGCGGGCAGGGCUCGCCCGGCCGCCGCGGAGCGGCCAUCUCGGCUGGGAGCGGGGCCGCAUCCAUGGAGUUACUGGGCGGGCGGUCCUGAGCAGGGCCCGGCCGGCGCGGCCCCGGCAAUGACACCGGAUUGAGGCGGCGAGGGGGCUCUCCCGGCCGGGGACUGCGGGAGCAUCCCCCGCCCCCCGCCUCCUCCCCGCCCGUAACCCGAGAGACAGCCUCAACUCUUGGAGGACACUCUCCUGGCAAAGAUGGAAGAAAAACGACGCAAGUACUCGAUCAGCAGUGAUAACUCAGACACCACUGACAGUCACACCACAUCCGCCUCCAGAUGCUCCAAAAUUCCAAAUACCAAAUCCACCUGGUCACGGCAGAAGGAGAAGAAACCCUCUGAGGUUUUCCGUACGGAUCUGAUAACGGCCAUGAAGAUCCCCGACUCCUUCCAGCUGAGCCCCGAUGAGUACUAUGUCCUGGCUGAUCCCUGGAGGCAGGAGUGGGAGAAGGGCGUCCAGGUACCAGCGAGUGCUGAGGCCAUCCCCGAGCCCGUGGUCAGGAUCAUACCCCAGCUGGAGAACUCACCUUCACAGGUUCCACCGAGUAACCUGCCUGGCUCUGAGAUUUCAGAAGCUACAAGGACUUACUUGCAAGGAAUGAGCCGCUAUGACCUGGAUGAGCUCGAUGCUUGCUGGUUGGAGCUUGUUAAUAUGGAGCUCAAGGAGAUGGAAAAGCCCGAGCUGGAUGAGAUCACCCUGGAGCGAGUGCUGGAGGAGCUGGAGACCAUGUGCUAUGAGAACAUGAACAUCGCCAUCGAAACAGAGGAGGGCUUAGGCAUCGAGUAUGACGAGGAUGUGGUGUGCGACGUGUGCCGCUCACCCGAGGGGGAGGACGGCAACGAGAUGGUGUUCUGCGACAAGUGCAACGUCUGUGUGCACCAGGCGUGUUACGGCAUCCUGAAGGUCCCCAUCGGGAGCUGGCUGUGCCGGACCUGCGCCCUCGGGGUUCAGCCAAAGUGUCUACUGUGCCCGAAGAGAGGGGGAGCGCUGAAGCCCACCCGGAGCGGGACAAAAUGGGUCCACGUUAGCUGUGCCUUAUGGAUACCUGAAGUUAGCAUUGGAUGUCCUGAAAAAAUGGAACCCAUUACGAAGAUCUCACAUAUCCCAGCAAGCAGAUGGGCUUUGUCCUGCAGCCUCUGCAAGGAGUGCACUGGGACCUGUAUUCAGUGCUCCAUGCCCGCCUGCGUCACUGCGUUCCACGUCACCUGCGCCUUUGACCACAACCUGGACAUGCGGACUAUUCUAGCGGACAACGACGAAGUGAAAUUCAAAUCCUUCUGCCUUGAGCACAGCACCGGUGCCACCAAGUUGCCCGAGGAGGCACGGACAGAGCCUGACCAAGCCCAGCUGGACUUGGAGAAGGUCACGCUGCGGAAACAGAAGCUCCAGCAGCUGGAGGAGGACUUCUAUGAACUCGUGAAGCCUUCGGAGGUGGCAGAGAACCUUGACUUGAGCGAAUCGCUGGUGGAUUUUGUCUACCAGUACUGGAAGCUGAAGAGGAAAGCAAAUUCCAACAAACCACUGCUGACACCAAAAACGGAUGAAGUGGACAACUUGGCCCAGCAAGAACAGGAUGUUCUCUACCGACGGUUAAAGCUCUUCAUGCACCUCAGGCAAGACCUGGAGAGGGUUAGAAAUCUCUGUUACAUGGUGACAAGACGGGAGAAAAUGAAACACACCAUUUGUAAACUCCAGGAGCAGAUCUUCCAUCUCCAGAUGAAGCUUAUUGAGAAAGACCUUUACCCAGAACAAACUGGGAAGAAGACAAAGGGUAAGAAAAGUGACCCGAGAAGGAAAGGAAGAGAUGGUAGAAAAAAUAGUCCCGAGAAGAAAGAGAAAAGGAAAUCAGUCAACGAAACUGUAUUGGGACAACUGGGCUUGUCAACCUCCUUCCCCAUCGAUGGGACCUUCUUCAACAGCUGGUUGGCACAGUCAGUCCAGAUCACCGCUGAGAACAUGGCGAUGAGCGAGUGGUCCCUCAACAACGCCCACCAUGAGGACAGCACCCCUGGCCUCUCCGAGGAGCUCCUCCAGGACGAGGAGACCUUGCUGAGCUUCAUGAUGGACCAUUCCCUCAGGUCCCCGUUCAGGCAGAGCGAGGCCACAAAGAAAGUGAAAAGCAAAACGAGAACGAACACUAAGAAAAAGCUGCCGAGGAGCAGCCACCCCGCUGUGGAUGGGAGCCACCCAGAGAGCUCGGAGCAGUGGACUAACGACGCCAGCGACUUGUCGGAUGAUGCCACUAAGCCCUUUGCUCCCGAUUCCAGAGCCAGCAAGUCGGAGAAAGGGUCAGUGAAGCUUCCCACUGACCGCAAAGGAACGGGUGAGGUGAAGAGGGCGGCCAGGAAGGGCUCUCUCCCAAAAGCUAGUGAGUCUCAGCCCCCAGCUGGGGCGAGGGGCUGCGUUGGUGAGGAGGAGGAGGAGGAGACGCCGCGGUGUGCUCAGCCAGAGCCCAGCCCCGCGGCCAAAGUGCCUGACUCCCUAGGUAGCCCCAAAACCGUCGUGCGGUUCAAAUUACCAAAGGAGAGCCGAGGGCCUCGGAGGUCGCAGCCCCCCAAGCUUGACAGCACCAGCGGAACUCCCUUGCGUCGUUUCGACACCGAGACGGACGGCUACUUCUCCGACGCAGAGAUGAGCGACUCAGACGGGGAGUCCCGCGGCAGCAGGGCGCAGCGGGGCCAGCUGGAUGCAGCCGGCGAGGACAUCGUCAGGAUGAGCAUCCUGGCGUCCUAACUCCUCCCAACCGCGCCAGCUCAAUGAAGCCUCAACCCAGUUACAACUGCCAUGUCCAACUUCUGCCUGGUACCAAGCGAGGGGGAUUUUUAAUAUCUGUAUAUAGUUGGAAAUUCGGCACUGUUGUCUUUCUCUUCUCUGUACGCCUGAGAUACAGCUUCAGCUUCACCGACAUCGAUGACCGUGAGAGCAGUGGUCCCUCCCUGUCUCCCUGCCAGACCCCACUUCCCGGGAACGCGAGCCGACACCCGGCAGGAACGAUGCCGAGGGUGCCGAGAGGGCGGAGUGUGCCAGUACCCAUGCUGUCUGCAGGGAUGGCAGUUCAAUUAAUGGGCAUUAUUUAACGAGGGGCAGAGUUCUGCCCGGGAUGGUUGCCCCCGGAGCAGGGAGAGAGCGGAGGGUACGGUAGCAGGAGGGGAAAUCCCCACCGGUGUGCACAUGCACGAGGAAGCAAAAUAAGUGAUACUAAAAUAAAUAAUGACUAAAGCACAAAAAGCUUGUUGGGGGAAAGCGCUUGGGGUGGAAGAGAGGAGAGCAAUGUUAACAUUUCUAGUUUUAGGGAAAUAAAAACCCUCGGUCAUUAUUUUUCCCCUUGCCUUUGCAUCUGGUGGGAAUCCGCCCAGGGAUCAGGAUGCAAGGUUUCUCCCCACCCCUGCCCCGUAGACCGGCCCCGUGGAGGUCGGUAGGAAAACUGGUUUACUCAGGUGAGUUGAUGAGCUGGAAAAUGGAGGUACGGGGCAGGAUGGAGGAGAAGAGCAUCCCUUAAAAACACGGUGGGGAGUUGGGGUUGGUUUGAGCCGGGAGGCUGAAGGAGGUCGUUGUGCCCGUGCUGCUCUCCGCCGGCUGCCCGCUGUGGUCCCGCCGUUGGCAAUCGAUCCCCUUUGCACAGCAAAGCGCUUGGCCCCGAGGCCAAACGCCCCGUCACCGGGGGGAGAUGGGCGCGCUCGCCCUCGCCGCUCUGUUUCCCUACCAAACGCUACAGUGGAAAUGGUGAAUUUAUUCCUCCCCAUCCUUUUAUUUUCUUUCUGUUUUUUUUUUUUUUAAUUAUUUUUAUUUGAUUUGAUUCCUUAAAUCCUGGUUACAAGCUGUUGACUCGUUGUGGGAGGGUGAUUCACAGAAGCUGACAUUAUAAAUAUUACAAUAAUUUAAUGCAUAAAAUGUCCCCAAUAAGCCUUAAACGUUGUUUAAAAGCCCAUGUUACCUACAAGUCAGGCGAAUUUCCAUGUUUGCACUUAAUUGCACCAUUACUUCGGUUUUGGCUUCAAAGGUCACAGUUGAGUCACGCUACGUGUUUUAUUGGAGUGACCCCAGUGUGAGCUCAGGGAACAAAAAAACUUUAAAAACAAAAAAAAAAAAAAAGGAAUUCACUGAAACUUUUGUUGUUGUUGUUUUUUAAAAAUAAAAAAUGUUUUAAAAAAAAAACCUAAAAAAAAAAAACCACAAACCAAACCAAACCAAACCUGGGACACUUCUGCAACCGGUCAAACCCGUCACUAAACAAAAUAACCUUGCAAUUGUCAAACCAAUCAGUCAAAUAAUUUUGUGGAUGCCAAAGAGUAUUUUGACAGUCAAGCAGCACAGCCAGAAACCAGAACCUUGUCAUUAUGGGAAAAAAAACCCCACCACAGUACAAAUUGGAAGUUAUUUAGCAACAAAGGACUAAAGACACGCUCAUAACACACUGCUGCGGCGUUAGGUUCCAAGCUUGCUCCGAGGGAUGCUGCUGCUCCCAGACUGCAUCCUGGCAUUUUGGUUUCCGAUGCUUUUUGCUCAUUUCACUGUGAGCUUUCUUUUGAAACUCUUGAGACUCUUUCAAUUGACUUUUUCGAGUAGAUCAUCUUUCUCAGCCUUCCAAAGUCCUGAUUAGUGAUAAGAUUGCAGCAGAGGUAAGCGAUGACGGCCUGGCUCAUCCCAGGCAUGGCAAGCAGCCGUGAGGCUUCGGGGAUGCCGAGCGCCUGCACCAGCCCUGGCUGAGGCCAGUGCUAACCCGGCUGAGACUGACCGUGCCUGGGGAGGAAUCUUCCUCCGAAGGGAAAACUGUUACACGAGUUAUUAGCAGGGAAGAAAGAACACGAAAAAAACACCAACAAAAAACACAAAACCAGAAAAAUCAACAAAAUGAGCGCCACCUUCGUUAUAAAUUAGCAUAAUCCGUUGAGGUUGGAAAUGAAAAUCUGCUCAUUAAUUAAGGCUCAGUAUGUUCAGAUAAUGUUAAAUACAGUAAAUAGGACUUAGUUUAUCUUAUCAGGCUUGCUAGCUUUAGCUACAGUAUCCUAGUAUAAGAGUCAUAACAAUAAUCAAUAUGCUGCCUUUUAAUGAAUCUUGCUUCCGUGUGCUUCACUCAAUUAUGGUUAAAAAAAGCAGUCCACAAAUUUCACUGUACACAGCUCCAUUCAUCAGCUUCUGCACUACUUGUCUUCUCAGUACAGGAAAGCAAAAAGGGGGAGACUUUAAAGAACAACCAACCUGGCGCCACCAGCACCAGGCAAUAAACCAGUUGGAAACACUCCCAAGACUUUGUCAGGCAUCGUAUGUUGCCAUAAGAGAGACAGCAGCUAGGUGGGGAGAGCUAAAAGGGGCUGGUGAGGCACGUCAAACCCAAGGAGAAGAAAGGGGUGGUGGGGAACAGAGAGGAGAAAAGGGGCUGAGUCAGGGCAGGACCAUGGCAGGAGGGCUGCAGCCAUCCCAGUGUCCACCCUGUCUGGGAGCGGGGCAGCCCCACGUUCCAGGGAGAAAACGCACAAGGAGAAUAUUUUUGAUGUUACUGUAUUUUGAAAUGACUAGAAAGAAAGAAGAAAAAAGAUAAAAAUGGGUUUAUUUUAGUAGAGAAAUGUUGUCUUUUAAGAUGUAUAAACUGCAGGAAUUGCCUUUUGCACUGUAAGAGCCCCGGUUUCGUUGGAGAAGCAGCAGCCGUUGAGGAUGCAAAUAGCAGUGUGCCCUGAUAAUGGAGCACAGCCCUGACACCAACUGCAGCCCUGAUGGCUCCUGAGGACAGCUCCAAUGCCCCACACCCGCUUUUCCUACACCCCUGGGUUUAUUUUGGGGUUUUUUUUUCCCACUUGCACCAACGUUAUGGGGUUUGGGUGCCUGCUGUCGCGCAGAGCUCUCCCCGAGGAUGCAGGAGCAGGGCAGGCCACAAGGUUUGGUUGUUCUUUAAGGACAUGGCCCCAUUCCACUCACAAACCAGACCCACUUCACAUCAGUUACAGGAAAUGAUAUGAAUGUCGCAGGAGGAGAAACCCUUCUGUUUUCUUUGUUUCAAAGAACGUGAUGUGCCAUUUGUUAAUAUAAAAGAGAAAUAUUGAAAAUAUAUUGAAAAGAGCAAUUUUAAAUUAUUUUUGGCUUAUGUUGCAAUAUUUAUUUUCUUGUAUUAGAAAUUCCUUUGUAGAGAAAAAAUGUAUUUUUCAUUAAUGCAAAAACCUAUUUCUCCUUUUUGUACAUUUUCCAUGUUAGUUAAUCCUUAAAGCAAUAUAAUGUUAUCAAACUCGUUCUGUGUGAGACUGUAUUAUGCAUGCUAUUUGUGUUGCCUUGGAAUAGCCCUGUCUGCCAUUAUUUUCAUCCUGUUUAGAUACAGUGUAUGCUUUAAUACACAUUGGGACCAUGGCCCAUUGCUUAUGGAAAAUCCCUUUGCAUUCCUCAAUGUGUUGGCAAAUGCAGUCAAUAAAGCGGUGUUUUCUGUG